CCGGGAGCCGCCGGAGUUUACGCGCGCGGGAGGGAGAUGCGGCCGCGGCUGGGGCUCCUUGCAGAUUUCUAACCAGCAUAAUGCUGGAGCCAGAGGCUGACAGCCCACAGUUUUCAAAAUGGCCGAGCUGGACGCUGAUUUGGAUCACAUCAUCCCAUCCUCUGUCCUUGCCCCUUUCUGGGCCAAGUUAGUAGUGGGAUUAGUUUCCCUCUUGUGUUUUGCACGGAGCUAUGAUGGAGAUUUUGUCUUUGAUGACUCUGAAGCUAUUGUUAACAAUAAGGAUCUCCGGGCCGACACGCCUCUGGGGGACCUGUGGCGUCAUGACUUCUGGGGCAGCAGACUGAGCAGCAACACCAGCCACAAGUCCUACCGGCCUCUUACCGUCCUGACUUUCAGGAUCAACUACUACCUGUCGGGCGGCUUCUACCCGGUGGGUUUUCACGUGGUCAACAUCCUCCUGCAUGCCGGCAUCUCUGUCCUCCUGGUGGACGUCUUCUCGGUGCUGUUUGGUGGUCUGCAGUACACCAGUAAAGGCCGGAGGGUGCACCUGGCCCCCAGGGCAUCCCUGCUGGCAGCCCUGCUGUUUGCUGUCCAUCCGGUGCACACCGAGUGUGUUGCUGGUGUUGUCGGCCGCGCAGACCUCCUGUGUGCCCUGUUCUUUUUGUUAUCUUUCCUUGGCUACUGUAAAGCAUUUAGAGAAAGCAACAAGGAGGGAACUCAUUCUUCCACUUUCUGGGUGUUGCUGAGUAUUUUUCUGGGAGCAGUGGCCAUGCUGUGCAAAGAGCAAGGGAUCACUGUUCUGGGCUUGAAUGCUGUGUUUGAUGUGCUGGUGAUAGGCAAACUCAGUGUGCUGGAAAUGAUCCAGAAGGUGCUUCGCAAGGACAGAUCAUUAGAGAAUGUCGGUGUGCCCAGGAGCCGAGGCCUCCUCUCCCGAAUGGCCCUUCUCACCGCCGGAGGAGCUGGCAUGCUCUACGUGCGCUGGAGAAUCAUGGGCACCGGCCCGCCAGCAUUUACCGAGGUGGACAACCCGGCCUCCUUUGCCGACAGCAUGUUGGUUAGGGCCAUAAACUAUAAUUACUACUAUUCAUUGAAUGCCUGGUUGCUGCUGUGUCCCUGGUGGCUGUGUUUUGAUUGGUCAAUGGGCUGCAUCCCCCUCAUUAAGUCCAUCGGUGACUGGCGGGUAAUUGCGCUAGCAGCACUCUGGCUCUGUCUAAUUGGCCUAAUAUGCCAAGCCCUGUGCUCGGAAGACAGCCGCAAGAGAAGAAUACUCACCCUGGGCCUGGGAUUUCUCGUGAUCCCAUUUCUUCCUGCAAGUAACCUGUUCUUCCGGGUUGGCUUUGUGGUGGCGGAGCGAGUCCUCUACCUCCCCAGUGCCGGGUACUGUGUGCUGCUGACCUUUGGAUUCGGAGCCCUAAGCAAGCACAGUAAGAAGAAGAAACUGAUCGCUACCAUGGUCCUGGGCAUUUUGUUCACCAACAUGCUGAGGUGCGUGAUUCGAAGUGAGGAGUGGCGGAGCGAGGACCAGCUCUUCAGAAGCGCCCUGUCUGUGUGCCCUCUCAAUGCUAAGGUUCACUACAACAUUGGCAAAAACCUGGCUGAUAAAGGCAACCAGACAGCAGCCAUCAAAUACUACCGGGAGGCAGUAAGGUUAAAUCCCAAGUAUGUUCAUGCUAUGAAUAAUCUUGGAAAUAUCUUAAAAGAAAGGAACAAGCUAGAGGAAGCUGAAGAGCUGCUGUCAUUGGCUGUCCAAAUUCAGCCAGACUUUGCCGCUGCCUGGAUGAACUUGGGCAUCGUGCAGAACAGCCUGAAACGGUUUGAGGCAGCAGAGCAAAGUUACCGGACAGCAAUUAAGCACAGGAGGAAAUACCCCGAUUGUUACUACAACCUAGGGCGGCUGUAUGCAGAUCUGAAUCGCCACGUGGACGCUCUGAAUGCGUGGAGAAACGCCACCGUGCUGAAGCCGGAGCACAGCCUGGCUUGGAACAACAUGAUCAUCCUCCUGGACAAUACAGGUAAUUUAGCCCAAGCAGAAGCUGUUGGAAGAGAGGCCCUGGAAUUGAUACCUAACGAUCAUUCUCUCAUGUUCUCCCUGGCAAACGUGCUGGGGAAAUCCCAGAAAUACAAGGAAUCCGAAGCCCUGUUCCUCAAGGCGAUCAAGGCGAACCCCAACACCGCCAGCUACCACGGCAAUCUGGCUGUUCUGUAUCACCGCUGGGGACAUUUCCACUCGGCCAAGAAACACUAUGAAAUCUCCUUGAAGCUCGAGCCCGCGGCCGCAGGGACCAGGGAGAACUACAGCCUGCUCAGGAAAAAGCUAGAGCAAAGGCGGAAGGGCGGCUGACGGGCCUCCUUUGGGUUUUGAGUUUCUACCUGCAUGAAGCGUAUCCAUCAAGGGGUUACGUUUAACCAUUUAAGAUUCUUAACACACGUUUAUUUCACUCUUUCUUUUUAUAAAGACAAAGACAUGCAAAAAAAAAAAACAAAAAAGAUUAUAGCACCAGCAAUAUACUCUUGAAUGCUUGAUAACAGUUUUUGCAUCGAAAUUGUAUUUUUUCAGACAACCCAAAUUCUAAAAUCCCAAAAGUGAAACCUUUUUUUUUUUUAACUAAACAGAAAAUGAGAAAAAAAAAUUAUCUUGAGUGGCUUUGACUAUCAUUAAACCUGAAUUUGGGAUGUGAGCCUUGUGACCAGGAAAUGACAGACCACUACGAUGUAUAUAAAUAGCAAAUAUGUCUAUAUUAGCAUAUUUAUUUAAUGACAAGAGAGAGUUAAAUGUUGGGUUUUUAAUCUCUUCGCACCAGUGUACCAUGUAUUCUGUUUAUAAGGAAUUAUUUAUUUGCAUUUUUCUGUGUUGAGUAGGGCAGAUAACUGAAAAUUUUUAAAUUUUUGUAAGUUUUGAGUGUGUUCUCCUACUUUUGCAAUUUCAUGACAUAGGCGAUGAUACUGUAUUCUCUGGAAACUGUCACUCCUGAUAGAAUAUUCCAUUCAUGCCCUGGCUUACACAGGGAACGUGGCGUUGGGAGCCUCUCCUACUUCUGCUGGCUCAUCUGUGUGUACUGUGUUCACUUUACCUGUGAAUCUGUUUCCCAUUUUGCUAAAUGGAACUACUCAUAUCCGUCUAUCCAGGAAAGGCAAGAGGUAAAUUUUUUUCUCAAAAGGAAUCAUAUUUGGGUAUUUUGAGGUGUUUUUAUGAAUUGGAUUAUUUUUUCCAUGGUUUAUUUGGUUCAACAAUUGUAUUUACCUGUUGGGUUUGGUUUUUCACUAUAUGUUGUUGUUGAUCUAAUGGUUUAUGCAAUGUGUAUCGUUUCUUAUGUAGUAAAAGUAUUAUACAAACUGCCAUGAAAAUGUCACAUCGCUUCCUAACA